AUGAACAUUACUAUAUUAUUAAUCAUUUCAAUUUUAAAUGCGAUAUUAUGGACAUUUGUUAAAACUAUUCCAACUCAAAAAGAUUUAGCUAAACAUGCUGAAAAUGAUAACAUGCCAACUGCAAUAUUAAAUGAUGUGGCAGAAUCUUCGAUAAAUCCACAAAUUCAAAAAAGCACGGAGGAAAAGGACGCAGAUAUAAAUAAUGGAAAAGAUAAAGUGAAUAAAAUAAGUGAAUAUAAUAAAGAAUAUUACCAAAAAAAUAAACAAAAGUUGCGUGAAAAUACGCGAAACCGCUAUGAAAACAAUAAAAAAGAUUUAUUAAAAUAUAAAGAAAUACAAGAAUAUCAUCGAAAUUACCGCCAAAAUAAUAAAGAAAGUAUACAGAAAAGGAAGAGAAUUUAUUACCAAAAUAAUAAAGAAAAAUUGAAAGAAUACCAACAAAAAUAUCAACAAAAAAAUAAAAACCUUAAAUCUGCUAAUAAUGAAGGAACUUCAUUUGUUAAUCCACAGACUGAUGAUUUUACAAAUAAGGAAUUUUUAAAUAAGGAACUUUCAACGAAUUUUACUUUUGUUUUUAUAUUUUUAAAUAUGAGAAAAUACCUUAUUGUUUAUUCUGAUUUUGUAAUUUGUUCUGUCUGUAUUUAA